CUGGGUUUAGAACAUUUUGUUUUUAAUAAAAAUCGAAUUACAGAAUAUUGUAUGCAGUCAGUUUAAGUUGAUCUUUGUUUUAGCAAAGUCAAGUCACACUUGUUGAUUGUAUUUAUUCUCUUUGGGUGCGAAAUUUUAAUUGAAGAAAAAAAAACCAAAUAAACACAUUUAAAUAUUUAUUGUAAAUUUGUUUUAAAGCUGCUGUAAACUUUACUUAAGAAUUUAAAUUUGUUUGGCAAAAAAUAUAAUUAAAAAAAUAACAAACAAAUUCAGAAAUUUUCAUUACAAAAAAGUUAAUAAAAUGCCCUCCAUAGAAUAUAAACUCCAUUUAGAUGCUGAAUUGCCAGAGGACAUCAAAAAAGUGGCCAUACAAAAUGGUGAAUGUGAACUGACUAAAACUCAAAUGAUUGCCGAAUUUCGUAAUUAUAUACAAGAACAUGAUCGCUGCCAGCCACAUCGAACUGAUGAUGAGUACUUAAUAAAAUUUCUCAGGGCCCGCUAUUGGAAAAUUGAGGCCAGUUAUAAAUUGAUGUGCCAUUACUACAAGUUCCGCGAACAAAACAAAUCGUACUAUGAAAAAGUACGACCCGCGGAAUUGAAAUUUAUAGGUGAAGCGAAUAUUUUAACCGUUACACCGUACAGAGAUCAAAACGGCCACCGUAUCUUAAUCUAUCGCUUUGGCCUGUGGAAGACCAGUGAAGUUAAUAUUGAUGAUAUAUUUCGUGCUUCGGUGUGUCUUUUAGAGUUGGGUUCCAUGGAACCCAUUGGCCAGGUUGUGGGUGGUGUGGGUAUAUUCGAUUUGAAAGAUUUCACCUUAAAUCAUGUGCUGCAUUUGAGCCCCAGUGUGGCUCAGAAAAUGAUAGCCAUAAUGGUGACUUCAAUGCCCAUACGUACCACAGCUUUACAUAUAGUCAACCAAAAUUGGCUUUUCAAUAUGGCUUUUAAUAUAUUCAAACCUUUUUUGGAUGCUUCCAUGAGAGAAGGUUUAUUUAUACAUGGUUCGGAUAUGUCAUCGCUGCAUAAACACAUUAGUCCCGAAUAUUUACCAAAGAGAUAUGGUGGCAUUCAUGAGGACUAUCCUAGUGAUUUAUGGUUCGAUGGUCUCACUAAACACAAGGACAUGCAAAAAGAUCUAGAACAACUGGGCUAUGUUUUCGAUGAGCCAAUUUAAAGGAAAAACCCAGUACUACGAUAAUUGACAAUAGAACUGAUUAAAGAUUUUUCUACUUAGAUUAUUAAGAAAAUAUACAUAUAUCUUUUUUAAAUAAAAUACAAAUUAAGCCAUUUUUGUAGUCGCA